UAUAAACAGAAGGGAACUAGAGAAUAAAGCGUUGGCUGUUGUGUGCUAACUCUUUGGCAAGAAACACCGCUUCGCUGUGUCGUUAGAUCCCGGGGGAAAAGAAGAUAUUUUAUUGAAUACCGAUUGUAUUCUUUCUUUGUUGUUUUUUUUUAUUUGUUCUCCUUGGUGCUGAGACAAUGGCUGCAAUCCGUAAGAAACUCGUGGUUGUCGGAGAUGGUGCUUGUGGAAAAACCUGUUUGCUGAUCGUCUUCAGUAAAGAUGAGUUUCCUGAAGUCUACGUGCCUACGGUAUUUGAAACUUACGUGGCAGACAUCGAGGUGGACGGCAAGCAAGUUCAGCUGGCUCUUUGGGAUACAGCGGGUCAAGAGGACUACGACCGCUUGCGUCCUCUAUCUUACCCGGACACCGAUGUCAUCUUGAUGUGCUUCUCCGUGGACAGUCCGGACUCGCUGGAAAACGUCCCCGAAAAGUGGGUGCCAGAGGUAAAGCACUUUUGCCCUAACGUGCCAAUCAUUUUGGUCGCUAACAAGAAGGAGUUGCGCAAUGACGAGGCGAUCAGGAACGACCUGUCUAAGCUGAAGCAGGAGCCGGUUAAACCGGAGGACGGGAGAGCCAUGGCCGCUCGCAUCGGGGCGUACGACUACCUGGAGUGCUCCGCAAAAACCAAGGAUGGAGUACGGGAGGUGUUCGAGACCGCCACCCGAGCCGCCCUGCAGAAGAGACCCAAGACGAUCGGGGGGUGUAUGAAAUGCUGCCGGCUGAUCUGAACUUUUGCAGUAAACAAAAAUACUGACAAAACUUAAUCGAUCAAAGAGUCUAAAGGGCUCAUCACGUCUCGUCAGUAUUGUAGAAGAAAGCGAGGCCGUCUGUUUGCUUCUGGCAGGCAUGGGAAUGGUGACGAGGAGAUGAAGGAUCGGGAUAGGCGCCCCGCAUCGUUUAACCUCGGAGUGGAUAGAAUGCCGAUUUUGUCAUUAAGCACUGAUGUAAGCUUUCGCAGUGUAGGUUGAUCAGACCUACCACAGUGAAGUGCGUUUGUGUGGAAUUUCGUGCAAUACGGAUCGGGUUUACUGACCUUUACUGGUUUAUUGAUGAAUUUUGCAGGAAAAACGGAUAGUCUUAAUGUUACCUUUCAAGUGUGGCUGAGCCAUGUGUAUUAAAAUGCAGAGCAUGUGGAAGUGUAUAAGUGGCCUUUUGAAUAAGGGAGAAAUUAACAACAACGUUUGGUCUCCCGGUAGGCUGAAUGUUGGUGAAUUACUUUGUUUUGUUUAAAGGUGUUGCCUCAUGAAUUCGUACACAAGGUCUUAGUGCUUCUACAACGUGCGUAUGCAUUAGUAUUGAAAUAAUGUUACAAAUUCUGAACUAUGAAUUGUAUAAAGUUAACGGCUCUCUUCCUUAAGAAUGGUGCCAUUUGAGCCUACAUGUUUGCACUGUAUGGAAAGUUUUGUUCAAUUACUCAAACACAUUUGAAUACUUUUGUGUAAAGAAUGUGUUUAUUACUCUGUCCCAGAGAUUAGGAAUAGUUUUGUAAUUGUAUGAUAUUUCUUAACAGGUUACGUUUAUAAACCUCUGCUCCAAAAUACAGCUAAGAAUGAAUUCAAGCACAACGAACAUUUCAAGAUAUACAGAAUUGCGUAUACAAAUUUUCUAAAUUAAAAAGUAAAUUAUUAAAAUCACUGGAAUUGUUUAUUUCAUCCCUUUUAAUAAAGUUUGAAUAUUUCAUAUAUCA